CGUCACGGUAAAUUUACAAACAAACAAGAUGGCCGAGAGUGCAGACGCUCCACGUCAAGUUCUUCGCGACGAAAACGAAGACAAAGAAAACAUGUCAUCUUUUGAGCCACAACUCAAGAAACAAAAGUUGUCAGAUCAUUGUUUAUCUAUAGGUUACAAGCUCGAAGAUCGUCUCAGUGGCAUCCUGUGCUGUGCUGUAUGUUUGGAUCUGCCCAGGACUUGCUACCAGUGCACAAAUGGACAUCUAAUGUGUGCAGGAUGUUUCAACCAUCUCCUAGCUGAUGCACGUCUCAAAGAUGAAACAGCAACUUGCCCCAACUGCCGAUGUGAAAUCUCCAAGAAUCUCUGCACAAGAAAUCUUGCUGUUGAGAAAGCCGCAUCAGAACUUCCCACAGAAUGCCAGUACUGCAACCAGAAGCUGCCUCGCAACAUCCUUGACCAUCAUGAGAGGGAGUUGUGUGCGGAAAGGCCCACUGCUUGCAAAUAUGCCAAGAUUGGGUGCCCGUGGCUAGGUCCCUACCACGAGGGGAGGGAGCAUGAAACAUCGUGUGCCCACCCAAAGAAGAGCGGGAGUGAGGUUCUAGAGGCGCUCAAAGUCCUGGACUUGAAACAGCUGGAAGAGAAACAGCUCUACAGUAAAAUAUUCUCACUGUUGUCACUGGAGAAGAUCACUUUCAAUGACCUGCAGUUGAAACCCUACAGAACUGAUGACUUCAUCACCAAGUUGUUCUAUGAAACAAGUCGCUUCUCAGCUUUCAACCAGCAGUGGGUGAUCAAAGCUCACGUCAACAGUGACCACAAAAACCCAACUCAGGCAUGUCAGCGCAAGCUUGUGUACCAGCUCGUCCUGAAGAGCCGCAUCAGCAGUCCGUUGCGUCUGCACUUCUUGGCCCUGAAAGGUCCGUAUGGUGACAUGAAAGUGAACCCAGCCAUAUAUGAGCAUGAGUUCACGAGCGACAGCACCGAGACAGAAGUGAAACAUUUUCCUAUCACAGACUCUACUGAAUGCAACAAACUCCUGGCCACCAGGACCAUCAAUUUCAGGAUCAUUAUGUUCCAGGUCUCCUAGAAUCAAGCUCAUCUCCAUCUUUGCCGUCAUGUUUUCUCUUGUGCUUCAAUUCUACAACAGUCAUAAUUGUUAAAUAGAUAGCAGGUUUAGUGAGUGGCGGCCUCACACUGACAGUUGCUGGAGGAAGAGUGUGUGCAGGCAUCACACAGAAACAGGCAGUUAGUUGACAACUUGGACCUGGGUAUGGAUUUGUUCAGAGACAGUUGCUGACAGACUUCUCUUUUGUGUUCUUUAGGGUUUGUGUGAACUGUGUAGAACUGUCAGUGUGAGAAGGCCUGUAUUGUAUUGACUGAUACUUAUUGUAAAGAUCUUCUAAAGAUGAGACCCAAGUGACUUGAAUUUGAAAUUGAUGAUAUAUAAUUUUAGACAGAAUUGUAGAUAUUGAUUUUAAUCCAAAGAGCCUGUUGUUCUUAAAUUAGUUUGUCAACACUCAUCCUGAAAGUAACAUUUUUUCUGGCUUCAUGCUUCUUGAAUAUCAAUCACUGGAUUGUCUGGUCCAGACUUGAUUAUUUUCAGACCGCCAUCAUAUAGCUGGAAUUUUGCUGAGUGUGGCGUAAAUCAACUAACCAACCAACCAAAUCCUAAAAUGUCUUGUUGCUUUGACAAAAUAAGUCCUUGGGUUUAUCUUGGGAGGAUCUUGCAGUUGGUUAUCAUUGUACAUGAAGGGCGAGAAAAGUUAAUACUUAACUGACAAGUAUUUUGUACUAUUUGUCUCUGUAGUCUUAGCUGUAGAAUUGUUUAGAUUUUAAGACCUACUUGCUUAUCACAGGUGAACUGUGAAUGUUUGAAAAAUCAUGUUUUUUUAUCAGUAUUUUAUAUUUGCGCUUGUUGAUACAUUGUUAAUUAUUUGAUGAUAUCAAUUUCUUUUUACUUUCCUUCUAUUUGUUAAGUGAUGUAAAAGGAAUUUCAGAUUUUUUGUUUAAGCUAUGAGAAAUACAGCAUUAGUCAGCUCUAGAUAAGCAGAUAACAUUAUCCAGUGUAGAUCACAAAAUUAUUACUAUUGAAUUUGAAAGGUAUGAAUAUGAGUAUGGUCAUUGUUUUACCACAACUUUCUUUCAAUAUUCUUCAUUGUUUGUUAUGUAAUUGGAGAUAUUAAUCUCUUAAUUUUAUUUAUUAAAGGUAAGGUAAUAGUCAAUUUCAAUAUACUCAAUCCAAUGUACAUCCUAUGUUUACUAUUGCUAGUCAUUUUCUAUAGACUUCUGUAGGUGUAGACAAUGUAUAUCAGAACACAACCUGUAGGAUAGACGUAACUCAUUAUGGUCAAUGAUUGUAUGGAUUUGGAAAGCUAAUCAUCAUUGAGAGUUUUGCUAAGAGACAAGGAUUAGGAUUUGUGUCUGACUUUCUUUUUCACUCGACAUACUUCUCUUAUGAUUAUUCUACAAACUAUAGCACAUUGUUUAUUUUUUACAUUAUUUUUUUGAUUAACACAAAGGUAUUGUGUAUUCUCAGAAUAGGUUAUGAAGAGUUGCAUUGUUUCGUACAUGGAUGCAAAACCUUUUUCUCUGUACACGCAUAAUCUCUUGUGCAUGGGUGGUAACUAAAAUUUGGUUUUGAAGGACUGAUGUCUUGAUGCAUACACAUUGCACUGUUUAUAAAUGAAUACCAAUUUAACAAAAGUUAUGGCAAGAAAUUGUAUUUAUUUGUUACUGAUUUGUACAUUUUUGGCAGUUUGGUUAUGGGUAACCUUACAUCAGCAUUUAACUGGUUUUAUGAUUCUAAAAUACACAUUUGUCAUAGAUUACAUUUACAGAAGUACCUCAACUUUUCUGCUUAUUGAAGAUAGAUAUAUGAACGUGGGCAUUCUUCUAAGUGUCUGUACAUAACACUGUCUUUGUCAUUGACAUUGUAAAUAGACGUUUGUUAUAAGGAUAUUCCAAUGUAUGUGGAGCAUACAUAUGUCAAGUCAAUUGUAGGCACAGUGAUGUUUAAAGCAAGCAAGUCAGUGAAUUUGUAAUAAUACCUGGUGCUAGUGAUAUGAUACAUUAUUCAAAGUACAUUGUUAAUGGUAGCAUACAAUUUGUGGUGGUUUAUUAACGAAGUACAUUAUAUUUUUUAACUUAUUCUGCAUUACUCAUAAAGGGUUAGGCAGGAGAAGUAUACAAAUAUAAAAAAUAUCUAGGAUUUUACUAGUUUUGAUAUUGUCAUAAUUUGUAUGAAGGUACAGUAUGUGAAAUAUGAUGUGCUGCUGUGAAUAUUAUAAUUUCCUGUAUUAGAUUUACCCUGAAGUGUCAAUCAGUUUAUAUCCUGCUCAGAAAGCUCUGUGCUUUAUAAAAGUCUCACUAUAAAAGUUUCAUGGCAAUAUUUGCUUGUAUUUUCAACUUAUGCUAAUUGGACGUUUGACCAAACUUUCUGAAAAUAUCUUUGUUAAUUUGAAGUAAAUUGUUAUGAAGGGAACAUAAUUCAUUUUAUCAUAGAACAAUGAUAAUUUUUUUUACCAGGUAUGAGAUAAAAAAAACUGUCACAGAAAGUUUAAAAUUGGCCAAUGUCAUUAAAAUUAGAUUUCAGUGCUUGCUAUUGCUACUUUGUAGUACUGAGAUCUGAUUUUAGUGAGAUUGGUCAAAUAGCUGUCAAAGGGUCAAACUCAAUACUAAUUUCGAUUUAAUUUAGAUAAAUUUGCUCAUUAUUUGUAACACCGACUUUAUUGCUCAGACAACUUUAUCACACAUACAAUAAUCCAACUGUCUUAUUUUAUCAUCAUUGACAAUAGUUUUGAAGAAAACAUGUUGAUUUUAAUAGUAAUUUAAGAUGAAAACAAUGGGGCCUUUUGUAAUAUAUAUGUAUAUUGUAAAUUCAGAUGUUAUUUAAUUAUUUUAUUCAAUCAAUUCCAUAUUGUGAUACUCUCACGUUUACUAUUUAAGACCUGUAGUAUGUAGAUAAUAUCACAGUAAACACUGGACUCUACUUCCAAAACUGUUAUAUUUGGCUUUUACACAUGUUAAAGGUUAUAAUAUUCCAUAAGGGAUUAAUGAUAAUCAUACUUGUUUUAGAGUUAUGUAUGAUGUAAAUAUCAUGUUAAUUUCAGUGUUUGAUACAUUUAUGUGAUAUAUAUAUAUAUACUCAUGUACCAUACUUCAUUUAGUCUGUGAAGAGUUAUCUUCCUUUGAUUACCGUAGUCAUAAACUUGUGACAUAGCUCUCAAUCAUUACUUUUAAGCAGAAACUGUAUUUUAGAUUCUAUGGACUCCAUCUAACAGAUACUAACAUGUUAGGCCAUUCUUCUUGUUACUUGCAGAUCAUGAGCUAGUCAAAAUAUCCAAUAAAAAUUAAUGAUGUACUCAAAUGUACUUACCUCACCCUUUACAUGAUUUGAUGAUCUUUAGAAUCCUCAUUACAAUUUUCAAAUGAUUUAAUCAUAAUACAUGCAACAACUUUAAAUUUUGUUUCACUAGUCUAUUUCCUUAUUAUCCAAGUAACUGAAAAGUUUGGCCUUAUAACGGUUUGAUCUCUUAAUACUUUGUUUUUGCACAUUUACCUUAGCACUUGUCCAGAACUUUAUAUUCUUUCUAUUUCAUGUACUUCUGUCAAGUUACGAAAAGAAAAAUGUAUUUCAGAAAUCACAUAGCUGCAGUGGUGGGUGUUUCUGGGGUCCUUCAUCAAUCCUGUUUCAGAGGACAUUAGGAGCACUUGUAGGACCAUCUGCUAGCUUUUGUCUUUCUUGUUUUACAGUAUUUAUCACCAGACUUAGUGUAAUUUAUCCUAGAAGGGGAGGCAUGGAGUUGGCCGGUUCAGGUGCUGCAGGUUUUGAUGAUGUAUACUCAUAUGUAAGUGGUAAGUGAAACGAUACAGGACAAAAUGAUUUGUAGAUUAUGCAGACUUGAAUGUUUUACAUCAGAAACGAAGACAAGCUUGUUUUUGUGUUUGUGUCAUGCAGUGAUGCCUUCUCUUGUCAAUUCUUGCUCUUCCUCGAUCAGAAUAAAGGUUUUUUCAGUUA